AUGAUCCCAAUCGAAUACGUUCGUCCUCUCAUUGUUUGGAGUUUUAUAGCCGAUCAGGGUUUCAAACAAUUUCCAUCGAGAUACAAUGCGGAAGAAUAUAUGGAAGACUACCUAGUUUUUCAAGCGAUCUGGUUUUUUUGUUGCUGUUUGCCUGUUCUUCCAUUUUUUGUAUUUAUCAGUUUAUUCGGUCUACUUUUCGAACUUGAUAAGGCUAAACUGCAUAAAUUUGAGUUGCUGAUUGGGAAUGGAGCAGCUGUGCUGUGUCCAAUUGUGUCCACCUAUUUGAUGCGCUCGUCGAAAGUUGAUGAGAUGCAAAUUUACUUCAAUCAAUUCGCAUUGCUCGGCUCUGCUCUUAUCCUCUUUUAUCUUCCAUAUCUCCGCUCAUCCAUUUAUCGCCUACCACCACCGUUCCAAAAGAUACAUAAACUGUUUUUAGUGACUCACGGAGCUAUGAUAUGUUAUGUUUUGAAAAACCAUAAAACAGGAAUUUGUUUUAUGAAAGCUGUAAUGUGGAUAUUGUCAUUUGUGGCGGUCCAUGAGUUUUGGAAUAUUUAUUGGAGCGAUUUGAGAGUGAGGCGGGAGAAUGAGGAGCCACCUGUAAUGAAUAAUCCGAUUAAUACAAUAAUUACCGAUUUUUGGUCUCCGUGGGGAGAUCCAGAAGCCGACGGCGAUAUUCCAGACGUGGAGCAAGAACCAGAAAUUCAAGAUAAUGGCCAAAAUAGUGCUCAAUAUAAUCGUCCAGUUCCCAAAGCUCCACCCACUCAGGAUACUCAGAACCCGGUUAGGCGGCAGCCAAGACUUGCCUGCAAUAUAUGCUGGGAGGACUACAGUAAGACAAGAAUCCCCAGAGUAUUCAAGGAAUGUGGACACUCAAUUUGUGAUGAGUGUGCUGGCCGACUGCAGAAAGUCAAGAAUGAUAUUUUACAUGUGAUUUGUCCUACCUGUAAGAGAAUCACACAUGGCUCCGAGUUACCAAAGAAUUAUGCGCUGAUUGAAUUGAUGGAGAUGUUGGAGCACUGA